AUGAAUCUCAAAGGCUUCAAAUAUACGAAGGAAGAUGAGAUUACAUUCAGAAUCGGAAAGCAAAAAUCUACAGCGUCAAGAACCGAGGAGUCGAGUGUGAGGGAAGAAUCUAGAUUAGAUCAUUACCUUUGCGAUGGGAGCAUACUGAAUAUAUGUUUAAAUACCGUUGUAGCCCCCGUCCCCUUCCCACCGAAUGAAGUUACAACUUUAGGAUUUGCAAUACAUAAAAAAUUCUACAUACUGGCUAUUUCACUACGGCGGAGAGGUGGUGCACUGGUCGAGGACCUCGAGGUAGUCGGAGUCAUGGAGCCACGACUCGAAAGCGGGUUCGGGCAGGCUCAGGGAGAGCGGGUUCAGUCGAACACCAGUCCUCCCAGCUCUACCCGAACGACCUUUUACAAAAAUGAUCCCGACAGUUUGAUUCUGUUCGAUGGGUCGCUGGAAGACCUUUUGCAUGACAAUGGUGCCGGCUUACGUGGUGGACGGGGAAUGCGCAAUGGUGUCCCACCACCAUGCCUUGGAAUCUUCACAUGUGUAUGUGCAUUCACGAAACCUUCCGAAGAAGCGUCACGCUCUCGGGCAUCUUUUGGCUUGAACCAUUUAAUGGUGUAUUGGUGA